CGACGAAAAAAAACACAUUGUCAAAUGUUCACAGCUACAACCUUGUCCUUUUUCAGUCGCGGCACGCUUUCUCUUGAUGUUGUUUAUCCUGGUUUUUUUUUUUAUUUUUCUGCAGCCCAACCUCUCUCUUUUUUUCAUUACACACGUCUGCAAUACUCGUGUGUUGACGACACUCUGCGGGAAUCACCUACAGCUCGUUGUUGUUGUUUCCCUCCCCGUUAUAUUACUGCUCUCGUGACCUCAAGUCUCCGCGCUCACGUGAUCAGAUUACUUGCUGUGGGAAACUGUGUAGCCCCAGUGAGUAUAGCAGACGUCAAAGAGUUCCCAUCCUCACACGAACGCCUGAAUCGGGGACCUCAAAAGAGGCGGCUGUAUAGUAUGUAAGUGAAAGAAGUGCGGCCAUGAAAUAUUUCCCAGCUCCUCUCGGACUUGUGUCGUUUGGAUUACUGGCUUUCUGUUGGAUCGGGACAGCUUACAGCGGAGGCGUGCGACCCGAGCUGAGAAAAGUUUCAAGUCGGUCGGCACGAGCAUUUACCUCGAACAUCAAUCAAGCCGCGCAGGUGAACGACACUCAGCCGGGGGAACUCGUCGCGGAUAAGCCCCCGUCUUCAGCCGCUGACAGGUUGACCAAGGGACACUUACCUUUGUGUACUGUAGGAAAUUCAGAAAAGUGUGCCAAAACUGCCUCAGGGGGUAGUGUGGAGGUAACUAGAAGAAAGACGACUCUCAAUGGACGCAAGUCCAAAACAAAGAAGAUACACAAGAGUAAAAAGAAAUCGAAAACUGAUUCUCUUAUAGAUAGGUUUUUCUCCUUUUGGCGAAGCUCCAAAGAAGAAACAGACAGUGACGAGGGUGAAAAGAAAAAUGUGCCAAAUAAAACUACAUUGACGCCUUUGUCUUUGAUAAGUACUAUAGACUCGACUGAUAAGGCAAGGAAGCAUAAAACUGCCAAAUCUCGAAGAAAACCUGAGAAAGACAGAUCAACAAAGGAAACUUUGCAAAGAUCUACAGAGUCUAGCCAUCAUGUGACUAAACCCUCUGAAGAUCACCAUGACAGCACAAGCUCUCUAUCCUCUGCAGAAGAGUCCGCAGCAAAGCCGAUUAAACAUCGGACAAAGUCGGCAGCAAGAAAAAGGCACGAUGAUAAAUCCAAACGACAGAAAUCUGGCAAACGUAAUCACCAUGGAAACCAUCGAAAAGAAAAGAACAGAAAAUCCAAAAGUGGGUCCUCGAAACACAAAAAUGACAAGUCGUCCAAUAAUCCGGAGGAUGACAAGAAGAAAGAUAAGGUGGAAGUUGCGAAACUUGCCUCGUCAAAGAGAAAAAAGGCCAGUAGACCUGAAUCCAGGCGCAAAAGUAGUAAACAGAAGCUGACUGACAUUAUCGGUCAGCAGAAUGACAUGACCCUCUCGUCCAAAACGAAAAAAGUUCACGAAAACCAACCAGAGGAUAAUAGAGAGAAAAAAAAGGGCACCAGAAAGCACGGACCUAAAAGAAGAAACCGGAAAAAGUCACGCAAUCCUAACUAUGGGCAUUCGACACCCGAAAGACGCACAGCCUUACUUGCUGGAGGAAGAGGAGAGAAGAAUCGAAAAGCCGUCAAGAGCAGAGUGAGGUCACGUGGUGAGAGAAAUCACGGCGGGGAUGACAGACGGGUGGUGGAAAACUCCAGCAGACGACAGCGUGGGAGAAAUAAAUCUCAGUACGAUUACGAAGACGGUGAUUACUACGAGGAUUACGAUUACAACGAGGAUUACGACUACGACUACGACUACGACAUUCACUCUGUCGCGCCAGUUGGCCGGAGAAGAUACCCUCCACCCCCGGCAGGAUAUCCUCCCAGACGUGGGGUAGCCAGGGGUAGGGGUCGUAACCAGACUUGGCGAGGGCCACGCGUGUACGACAGGUACUAUGACGGCUACUAUGACGGCUAUUUCGACAGGUAUAUACCCAGGCGCCGGCGUCCGAUCGGUCGGUACGUACCCAGGCGGCCAUACGUACCAAAUCGCCGGCGGCGACCUUUCUCUGGUCAUCGGAGAGGAGAAAAUGGUAAAGAGGAAUCUGACUCGGAGGAAAAGGGAAACAGACGAUCUCGCCCUCGGAAAGAAAGGAAAAGACCUAAACCAGAUGUCUCUGGUGAAGAUAUCCCAGAAGAAUCCGUAAGCGAACCGUUUGAGAGCAGUCCAAAGCCUAUUACGCCGUUUGCUUUUACCACGAACCCUAAAAGACCGGAUACGGAUGUCUCCGGAAACGCCAAAGACAAAAAAGACAGACGAAAAGACAGUAAAAAACGAAAAGGAAAUCGAUUUAAAAAAGACCAUCGUAAGAAAACAUCAACGAUAGCACCCACUUCGGCAAAGCCUGUCACCAUAGCAAUUUCUAAAACGUUAGAUAAAAAGAUUCCUGUUAAAGUUGAGAUUUCGAAAUCCAUCGAUGCGACUCCGAAAAUUAAGUUGGAAACGGGAUCAAGGAGGGUGCACACAAAGACCAAAGAGAGUACCCCGAAACCAACUGAAGAAAAGGUUAGUCCUUCAGAAAACAGAAAAGAAAAGACGAAGAAGAAGGCGAAACAGGUUCAAGAAAAGCCUAAAAAGCCGACAGAAAAGAAAGAUAAAAAUACGUAUUUCCUUACCACGACAAUGCCAACCAAGCUUGAGUCUGAACACAGAAAAAAGGAGUCGAGGCCUAAGUCUGGCGGUGGUGGUUCUGCAGAGAAGACUCCACAAAGACAGGAUUCGCGUAGGAGAUGGCCCAGUAGAAACAGAGCAGAAGAAUGGAGGCGACAGAGAGAGCGAGAUAGGAACAGAGCGUACCAAGCUCGUCUCCUGAGGUCGAACGUCGCACGGCUAUCCGACAGGAUCAUGGUCUCUUUGGAAACCGUCCUCAAAGCGCUAAGGAGUAAAGUCAACGUGGCGUAUAACAGGUACGACGGCCUGUUUAACACGACUCGCUAUGACAUCAUGAUGGGAGUGAGAGAUGGACUUCAUGUCGUGGUCAACACCAACGACGAUGUGUAUGGUAUAAUAUUGGACAUGUCUCGGUUGGUGCGUCAUGUAUAUCAGAGAGCGCAUGAGCAACAUCUCAUCAAUCCAUCCACCAGGAGAAGGAAAGUAGAACAGCCUGUCCAGCGCAGGGACUUCCGAUCUGCACGACGCAAAGCGGAACAGGAACACAACUCUGCUAUGUAUAUGCUCAACAAAGCCAAGAGGCAGAAAAGGCGUUGUAGUGAGCUGAAAUCGCACAAGAUGGGCCUGAAAACGAGGCUGAUGAAAAUGCAGGCAGAAUACAAACUUCGAGAGUUGACCUACUAUAGCAACAGGACAAUAAGAAGAGUGGAGAAUGUUAUCCAGUACAACACAGCGCAGCGAAAAAUUACCUAUUUGAGUGACACCCAGACCAUGGCCAAAACGCUUAUGAUGGAAGCCAAGGAUUAUAAUCAAAUGGCCUUCGAUUACAUCACGGAGUGUACACUGGAGGGAUGGCGCUGUACUGAUGCCCUCCGGGAUGCCAAAAUCAGGUGGAAGCGAACUAAGGAGCUGUAUCAGCAGACACCUCGGGAGAGCCAACCCACCCUGUCCCCUGCGGACAGAAGCAUGCUGAGAUGGGUGUUGGACCGGGCCAACCAGCAUGUCCGGGAGCAGGAGUACCUUAGACAGGUGAUUGAAAGAGAAGUUUACCCCCUGCUGAGACAGCUGAAGGCAGUGAUAGAAUACCGGAAACGAGGCCAGAAUGGCGAUCAUACUGGGGGCCACACAGGGGGUGGUACCUCGGGCACAAGACCACGUGACAGAACCACUCAGCAAUUAGAGAGAUACUUAAAGGAUGUUACUCAGAAAAUCGAAGCAGCUCUGGAGAAAUUAAGACUGAGGGUGGGCGUGGUCCCCCCAUCCGAGACACGUGACUGUAGAUCGGAAGUGGGGUCGGGCGAUGAUUUGGAGGACUGUGAAACUGAUGAAGUGGAGGAGAGUGGGAGCGGCAGUCUGGGGGGAACCGACAUAGAUGGAGGGCUGCUCUCCAGCGGAGAUGGGGCCGAGAAUGGCGAAGAUGACUUCGUGUUCGUGGACACCAGGACAGACUCCGUUCGUGAAAGAAAGACAUCCUUUGGUAAUCGGCUAAAAGCAGUCACAGGAAAGCUCCGAGAUCGCAGUGAGAAGUUAUACAGAGAGGCUUCCAGUAUCGCCAGUCGUCUGGCAGUGCUUCGUGUAUCGUCUGGCAGACUAGGUGGAGCUGUAGGGAGAGUGGGAAGUGCCUACCAGGAUGGGGUGACCAUGCUAACUGCGUGGGGUGAAGACCGGACAGAGUAUGAGGCUAUCCACGACCGAGUGACCAUUAUAGUAAAGAACAUUAGAGCUUUUAACAAGACCAUCAAGGCCAAAGUCCGGAAAGUAUAUAACACAGUGGAACGAGUGCUGGGUAAAGUGACUGGAUCGGGAGGUCAAGGGGGCUUCGCUCAAGUUGUACAAUCGGUUGGUAAGGCUACGAGCAACAUGAAGAAGAUCCAGGAAUUGAAAUUGGUGCAACCCGAUCCUUGUGCACGAACCACACAGCUACGGAAUACCAUUGGCACCAACUUGACACAGCUCCGGGAAAAUAUACAGAGGUUUAAAACCAUCACAUCCGCUAUCAAUCUUCCAGUGUCUCUGAGCGGCGGUAACUACCUGGAAGUCCCACUCAAGCACGAGACCACCAAAUCCCACGUGUCUUCUUUUGAGUUCUGUGUCAAGCGAGCUUCAUCAGAAGGAGUGUUGGCAAUGUUGAAAGGGGACAAUGCUCACUCUCUGACCAUAUCGCUCAAAGAGGGUUUACUCUCCAUGUCAGUGGCUGGGCCUGACGACAAGGAGAUAGACUCAGUCACCAAUCCUGCCGAUCUGAAAACAGACCAAUGGUACAAGGUUUUUGUCAACAGGUACGGUCAGCGGUACAAACUGUCGGUGGUGUCACUUAAAGCAGACAAGGCCAACGGUAGCCAAUCGGCAAUUGUGUUAGAUCAGGCCAACCCUGUCCAAGUAUUACCAUCAUCUGUGUUCAUUGGAGGGCAACCAGGGAAAAAACAGGGCAAAAACUUUUUUACCGGCUGUGUGAGCGACGUCCAUUUUGGUGGGAGAGAGGUUAAUAUAUACAGACCAGAUGUGACCGGUUUACAUCCACCUUUGUGCUCUACCGGAUGUGUUUCCGAAUCCUCCCUGGUAUUUGAUGGUUCCGGAUAUGUAUCUUUCCCAUCCUCCAUUUACCCGAGAAGAGGAAUCAGCUCUAUGAAUGUGUUGUUCCGAACUUUACAGAGGAACACACUGUUGUUUCUUCUUGGAUAUCUACAAAAGGAUGUGUUUCUAAUAGCCUCGAUCGAAAAAGGGAUUGUGGUGGUUUCCAUGACAACGACCGGGAGAACCACAUCACAACGGACGAUAGAAACGUCUUAUUCCGACGGGAAAUUUUAUAAUUUAAUGAUUUCAUUGGCUGGGAACAGAUUGAUAGCAGCUAUUGACGGCAAGCCGGAAACAUUUACGCCAGAAAAUAGUGCUGAUUUUUUGACGAAAUAUCGACUUAACAAUUUACUGGUCGGUGGAGUGUCCACAGAGGCACAAACAUAUUUAAAAAGAAAUAUGAGUUCUUUAUCUGGUUGCGUGAAGAAACUAGAGAUCAACCAACAGGAGUUAUUUAUAUCUGACUCAGAUGUUGCGCGAGGAGUCAGCACUGGCAGUUGCUCACAAUCGAUGGUAUCUAACUGCGUCAGCUUCACCCCAAAGAGUAAGGUGAUUACCUUACCCGAGUAUGAAAUGGGUCGCUCCGUCAGCUUUAUGUUCAAGGCGGACAAGGUCAAAGGUUACCUAUUCCAUUAUAAACGGGGGCUGGCAACGGCGGAUCGGAUUCCGUCCGGCGGAAAAUCCGCAGUGAGAAUUAACCUAUAUAUGCGUUUCACGCCAAAGGGCGUGGAACUAACAGAAAAAGUGGAAGACGUCGUCAAGCUGAUUCCCGUCAAGCCAGACGACGGUUGGCACCACGUCGUGCUCAGAACCGACGAAGGAGAAGAAAAGGUUUACCUCAGGGUAGAUGAUAACGACGAACAGUCCUUCGAUUAUUCUGGAGGGUUUUGGGGAAGAAAGAAAGCAGAUGGACCAAUAACUAUAGCGAUACGUGGAACACCGGAAGACGAAACUGGGGACGCGUAUCUUUAUGAAGGAAGCAUUGCUCAUUUAUUGGUAGAUAACAGCCCGGUGGACUUGGGGCAGUACGCAUUACCCAACAAUCUGGAUGGCUGUAGGCUUCAACCGUCCUCAGCCAAAGCCAUGCUGACAGGUGCUUCUGUUGGAAACGUUUGCUAGUCUUGUGACAAAACUUUGAAAACGUCGGUUUGGCUGCCAUCGAUGUGGUGAUAGGCGGACAUGGAGACAAUCUACAGCUGAAAGGAUUCCGAUAUCAAAAUAACAUUCCCAGUGAUUUAGUCGCACUGAGCUCCAGAGUUGUGUAUCUUAACAGACUAGACUAUAUAGCAUUGAACCUUCCGCAAAAAGUCAGACUCCAAAGGCCCGUCUUACGAAGCAGCUGCAUUAUGCGCCAUGGUAACAUACAGUUACCAUGGUAAAUUAGCUUGACGUAGCAUGGCGACAGCUUUAUAAGACGGUGCCCCAGAAGCAUCUUUUUCGUUAUUAGCCCAUGGAAAUCUCAUGGAAGACUUUCUUCUUGGUAUAAAUUUUAGUCAUUUUAAUUACCGGGAAUAAAACAUUUAUAGUUUAUCAAUGUUUGAAAAUUUUAACUCUUUAUUUGCAUUUUUACCUAUUCGAGUGCUAAACUUGACAAUUUUAGACAAGAAACUUGCUGGAAGGAUGUUUCUUGACCAUCCAUUUAAAAAGAAAUAUAAAUUCGGCUCUUGUUGCACAUACUGAACUUUGGCCUCCUUGUGUCUGGAUUGUGUAAAAAUAUGUUAUAGCUAUUAUCAAUAUUACAUGAAACUGGUUGUGUUCAUGCUUUACUUUUCUGUUACUUGCAUAAGAAAACUUAAUUUACCAAAGCCCUAAUUUCUACUUGACUCUUCGUUUGAACUUGUGCAUGGGGUUUACCGCCCCUGAGAAGUAACUUAUGUAUACGUAUAACUCUGACAUCGGUUAGCCAUGUUCUCAGAUUAGCUUCAGCAUUAACCUUAUUUCUGAAAGCUAAGCUGGAAAGAAUGAAACAGAUAUCAGAUCUAGUAUACGUAACGCUUUGUGAAACAACGGGACAAUAGUUCGUAUAGUUACAUGACAUAAUUUAUGGAUUCUUCUAAAUAUUUGGAUAGAUGAUCUACUAUUUUUUCUUGAGCAUCUUUGUAGAAAAGGCUGAAUAUUUUUAUGUGGUUAAUUUUGCUUCACAUACCAAGACACCUUUGUUGCUUUAUUUGUAUACAAGGUUAAUACACAGUGGCCUGUUUCACAAAAUCAUUUUGGGUUAAAGGUCAAAACUUACAUCUUCUUAUAUAUUUUUUUUUGCAUCUUCUUAAAUAUUUGAUGCUGGAUGCUCAAACUUCGCUGAAAUUGUGCUACCACAUCAUAGAAUCAACGGUCAAAAUUUCAUCGAUUUGAUGCACAUAUUUAAGAGUUUAAUUUGGUUUACACUUUUAGACUAAAGCCCGAAAUCGCUUUGUGAAACAGGCCACAGAGCUGUGCCUGUCCUCUUGGGUCAAUAAGCCAUACCCGAUGAUGUUUUGACAUAGUUGUCGUUGUGGUUUGAUGUUGUGAUUGUGGUUGCAACGUGUAAUGGUUGCAACGUGUAAUUGUUGAUUUGUUGUCCAUUGCACCAUUAUCGUUGUUGGUAUUACACCGUGUAAUAUGGGAGUGAAAAUAUUUCCUGUCAAAACGUUGUUCUGCCUUUAUGUACGGCAUCAUCCACUUUAUAGUGCUUUUUAUAUGAUUUAUUGAUGGUUUACUAAUCAUUUUAAAGAUGGUACGGUUAAAUGUAUUUUCCGGUAAAUUUUGCGCUGUAUUCUUUGAUUGUAUGUCUUUUUUAAAGAUUUUUACAAACACUCAUGCGUAGCACAUUAAAUAUACACUUGAUAUAUUCAUUUUUUGUUAAAACAUUUGGAAAAUAUUUAGAUUCGACUUCACUGAUAGAAAGUCCUCAUUGUUCCCUAGAUUUUGUUACCUCUUACAUGACAACAGAAAUUCUACGUUAAGACUGUCUGUAUCACGGUUUUUUCAUGUUUUUAAAUCGUGUGACAAGACUACAUGGUUAUAAGCAAUAAGCUUCAGACCAUUCACAUCUGGGUUCCGUGUACAGAACUCGGGAUCAGAUAUCGUUCUUGGGUGCACACUUGAUUACGGGCCUAAAAGGAGACGAAAAACAAGGAAAUCAGCUCAUUCAUGGGUUCUGAUAAUUGUUGUGGAGCCUUUGUGAACAUAUGCAAGGCAACAGUUACUAAUCUUUGAUGUGACAAAAACUGCGUGCACUACGGUCAUCGCGUGAUUAUUAAAGCCAGGGCCACGGAUACUUGUGUUUUGUUAUUAUAUUUAUUAAUUUAUUCCAUUGUACUCAAAAAUAUUUCACCUAUAGGACGGCGAAGGACAUUUUGCAGGGUGGAACCCACAACUAUCCGCAGGUUGUUGCAGACCUUCCUACGUACGGCCGGAGAAGAAGCCAGUAUGACCUGGAUUUGAACUCACAGCGACCUCAUUGGUGAGAGGCUUCUGGAUCAUUGCGCCGCGCUGGCACGCUAACCACGGAGGCCACAUUGUU